AUUUCAUAGUGAGGGAUCUUCUCAGGCUGUCAGAAUCAAAACCCGAAGACACAAAGCACCGUUAUAUGUUUGGACAGGGAGGCACCACUACUGCCCGCUCCUUUCUCUCUCUUUCUCUUUGGUCUUUUAUGCUCUCUUUGGUCUUUAGUUCCAUGUCCGUUCGGCGACUGCAGCAUAACUAGCAGAAGAGACUCACUCCCUCUAUCGCAGAAACGAAAAUAUAGUCUGCUUUCAAGCAUCCGAGAAUAAUCUAUAAAAGCUCUUCUUUUUUUUUACUUUUUCUUUUCUCUUCAUCGGUUUGGCUAAGGAAUUUCUUUUAGUUCAUUCUUCUACCGUUGUUUUCGUCUGUACGAAGCGGGUUCGUCCGAGUGUUGAAGCAUUUGUUCAGUUCAGGUAGUCGAUGAGGAACUAACUAGUCAAAUAAAUGAAUGAGCAUGGAUAAAGUAUCAUCUGACUGCCCGUACCCAGGAUGCUUCUUCUGUGUCAUGAAAGAGGGGAAUCCGAGCAAGCGCAGAGCAAGUAUACUGAAGUUUUUUAGAGAACUUCCUUCGCAGGAUGAUGAUGGUCAGGUUCUCCCAAUCAGUGGUCUUUGGAACACUGCUAUGGCACAUCCAAAUGACCCGGAGUUCAUUGAGUUGGGAAUAUUUGAAUGCAUGGCUGAACUCAUAUGGAAGGGCCUAAAAAAUCGCCGCUGGCUUUCUCAUGACCAAAACAUAUAUAUUCCUUAUUAUGCAGCUCAUGUAAUUGGAUCUUAUACCAUGAACAUGGAAGAAUUUGCAGAAAGUUCUGUUCAUGCUGGAGUGAUCCCUCCCUUAGUUGAACUUCUGAGAGGUAGGUUGACUUGGGUUGAACAAAGAGUAGCAGUUCGAGCUUUAGGGCACUUGGCUACAUAUUCCAGCACAUUUUCUGCUGUAGCAAGUCAUGGUGAGAUACUUGAGCUUUCCAUUCAACUAGCGAUGAGCUCCCUGGAAAUAGUUUACUCGCAUUUUUACCAAUAUGUCGAUAGAAGGCUAAGCUAUCACUGUGAUCUGCUUACACGUGGCAUGGGUGGUGUUGAAAUGGAGUCCAGGAAGGCGGAGGAAUGGGCUAGCCAGUUACAGUGUUGGUCCCUUCAGCUCAUUAAUUGCUUUGCUUUUAAACCUGAGUUUCUUCCUAGUGUAUGUAAGCCUGAAUUCUUAAUAAAGCUACCAGGCAUGUGGGGUGGACUUGUUAAUGAAAACUCACCUGCGGGUAUUGGUUUGUUAAGAACAAUCUGUCAUCAUAAGCUGGGUAGGGGACCUGUUGCUAGCUGUCCUGGCAUCAUUGAAGCAUUGUGCAAUAUUGCUCGAUCAUCAGAUGAUUGGCAAUAUAUGGCUAUUGAUUGCCUUCUUUGGUUACUACAAGACCCAAGUACAUGUCAUAAGGUGAUCGAUAAGGCAGUACCAGCACUUGUAGACCUAGCAGAGAUAUCAGUUCUAGGUGAUCACAAGAAGCUCGGUGAUUCCAUUUUAAAUGUUCUUCAGGAAUGCAUUCAAUCACAAGGGACUGGACGUAACUCUCUCAGCAACCGCACAAAAGAACAGAUCGAGGAACUACUAAAUUCGAGGCAGAGACUGAAAUGGGAAAAAAGCAUGCCAAAAGAGGAUCUCCAUAUUAAACAGGCAGCAGCACUAGUGGUCAAGCUUGAAGGGAAUUCCCUUUUUUCAUCAGGAAAUAUAUCUGGAGCGGCGUUAAAAUACUCGGAAGCAUUGGCAUUGUGCCCAGUGAGAUCCAAAAAAGAGAGAGUGGUUUUGUACAGUAAUCGAGCUCAGUGUCAUCUUCUGUUGCAACAACCCCUGGCUGCCAUAAGUGAUGCUACACGUGCUCUUUGUCUACACAACCCUCUUAACCGUCAUGCCAAAAGUCUGUGGAGAAGAGCUCAGGCAUAUGACAUGCUAGGCUUAGCUAAGGAGAGCUUAUUGGAUGCCAUUUUGUUUAUAAAUGAAUGUUCUCAAUCAAAUGACCCUGAUCUCUCAUUAAGGCAAAAUAGGGUUCCUGACUAUGCUGAGCGAUUAGUGAAGAAGCAGAUGCGUGCUGCUUGGUUAUUUAGGGAGGCAGCUAUCAAACAUGGGGGUGUCCACUGUGAGGGUGAUGCUGGUGACAUCUAUGGCCAAGAUACUGACGAUUCUGAGUGGGAGACAGCUAGUGAAAGUGAUAUAGGAAAUGAUGGAAGGGACGACAUGGGCGCCGAUGAUGAUGAUGAUGACGGUGCAUGGAAGAAUGAUGAUGAGAGGAAAGAUAAAUAUGACAAGCCUUCGAUGAAAGACAUAAAGCAUGGAUACAACGAGUGAACGUCAUUGAAUGCAAAGCAGAAACACUUGCUGUAAACUAUCAAGGCCCCAAAUUAAGUAGCUUGGAGUUAUGAGAUUUUAUGUUCAGCACCUACAGCGGUGGCCACCUCGAUGCAUUGGAAAUUGUCUUCUUUCUCGUAUCAAUUAGUUUGGGAAGGAAAUAUGCUUUUUGGUAAUUUUGUUUGACAGUGAUAACUACUUGUUUAAUCUUUCUUUUUUCAUUGCCAUACAUGAUUUUUACCUUCUUUUUUUUUUUUAAAAAUGUUAAAAGGCAACUGUAGAAAAUGUUAAGAUGUGGAGUCUAGAGCAAAUAUUGAGUUAAAUUAUGUGAUUGUUUUUCAAGUGAUUUAAGAGGCUUGUACAUACGAAACCAUGGGGUAUUGAAUUCGAACUACAUCUUUCUGAAUUUGAGUGAUGACAUGAUUUUCA